GGCGGCAAGAACCGCAGAAGAGGAACCAAGGAGAACGAUGACCAGCGCCGAGAGCUGACCUUCAAGGAGGACGGCCAGGAGUACGCCCAGGUUGUCAAGAUGUUGGGCAACGGCCGACUCGAGGCUAUGUGCUUUGACGGCAGCAAGCGUCUCGCCAACAUCCGUGGUAAGAUGCGCAAGAAGGUCUGGAUCAACCAGGGCGACAUCAUCCUCCUCUCCCUCCGAGACUUCCAGGACGGCAAGGGCGACGUCAUCCUCAAGUACACCGCCGACGAGGCCCGUAAUCUCAAGAACCUCGGCGAGCUGCCCGAAAACGCAAAGAUCAACGAGACCGACACCUACGGCCAGGACGGCGACGACAACGCCGGCUUCGAGUUCGGCGCCGACGAGUCCGAGUCUGAGGAGUCCGACUCUGGCGACAAGAAGGAGCUCGACAUUGACGACAUUUGA